UUGUAAAAUAGCAACAGGGAACAUCAGGUCUGAAUGAGCAGAAAUUCAGUUUUUAAAAAAAUAAAUGAGAAGAAAUGUUUGCAGCGAUAAUCACAACCUUGACUUUGUCCGUCUGUGCAGUGGGUGUAAAUGCAGAGACAGACCUGAUCCAAUCACCAGGAGUUGUGAAGGUGCGUGAAGAUGGAACGGUGCAGAUACAGUGUGUCCUGAAGAGUGACCAUGCGGAUUACACUGUGGAUAAAUACGAUGUAUUCUGGUACAACUCACGCAAUAAACUGACAGCUGAAGGAGCCAUCCUUAGUCUUUACGUUAAUGGCCACGUUCACAGAUCAAAGGGCUUCUCUGAUCGAUUUCAGCUUUCCAGGAAUGUCACCACCAACAGCUACUCACUGACCAUCAGCAACGUGAGGAUCACCGACUCUAAACUUUACAUCUGUGGCAUUUGGGGCUCGAUCUUUGGAAAGGGAACCCAGCUGAACGUGACCAGUGCAGACGUUCCUGUCCUUAUCCAGUCCCCGAGCAUACAGCGUGUCACUGAGGGUCACACGGCAUGGUUAUGGUGUACCAUGAGCAAAGCCAGGCCGGAAAAGACUGACGUCCACUGGUAUCGGAAACUACCUGGGCAGGACAUGGAGUGGGUUCUAACACACAGGGCAGGAGGCAGCCCAGAGUGGGGACGGGGUUUCACUAAGAGGUUCCAGUCCUACAGAGACACGUCCAACAGCAGCUUCAUCCUGACAGUCACAGACGUGGUGCACAGUGACUCUGCCGUCUAUUACUGCAGAGUGUGGGGAGACAUCGAUGGGAACGGCACCCAGCUCAUCGUAACCAAUCCCGCAGAUGAUCCCGUCCUUGUGCAGUAUCCACCGGUCAGCAAGGUGCCAGAGGGAGUAACUGUCCAGCUCCACUGUGCCUUGUAUAACGCCAGUGUCAAUGUCACCGAUGUCCACUGGUACCACCAGCGGCCUGGGAACAAGAGCGAGUGGGUGUUGAGUCACUUUGUGAAUGACUCGGUGAGCAGGUCCGGGGGUAUCUCUGACCGUUUUCAGUCUCACAGGAAUGGCGUGAGUAACAGUUACAUUCUGACCAUCAGCAACACAUCUAUUAGUGACACUGCAGUGUACAACUGCAGUGUGUGGAAUUACAUCUACGGAGGAGGAACGCAGCUCAAUGUAACUGAUGCCAAUCCUCCAGUCCUCAUCCAGUCCCCAAGCCAGGAGAACAUCACCGAGGGGCAAUCGGCACGGUUAUGGUGUGCCAUGAAGAACGCCAGAGUGGGAGACACUGAUGUCCACUGGUAUCGGAGACGACCUGGGCAGGACAUGGAGUGGGUCUUAACGCACAAGGCAGGAGAGAGCAUACGAGGGAGACCAGGUUUCACUGAGAGGUUCCUGCCCUCCAGGGACUCCUCCAACAGCAGUUUCAUCCUGAUGGUCACAAAGGUCGAGGUCAAUGACUCUGCCGACUAUUACUGCAGAGUGUGGGGAGACAUCAGUGGGAGCGGAACCCGGCUCACUGUCAUUAAAGCAGCUGAAGGUGGGUCUUGGAAAGUCUUGGCCAGUAUUCUCACCAGUAUCCUCGUACUCAUCCUCUUAUUCUGCAUCCUAGUAACAGUAAUAUGCUAUGUGAAAAAAUGGGCAUGUUUUCAACAGAGAUUGAAGCCAGAAGGGUGCUCUACUGAAGAUCUGAACACAGUGUAUGCCACAGUUACAGCUGAAACCGAGGUGAAUAACCAGGCAGCCACAAAUGUUACUGCGGCAGAGCAAUCAGAGAUAUUUUAUGCUGAUAUUCAGUUCUUCCAGCAGAAGACAGCUCCAAAAAUACAAGUCUCUGAGGAAACAACCGAAUAUGCCGUCGUCAAACGAGACUAGUGUCUUAAAAAAAUUGUUCUGCAGCAGCAGGUUAUUAAAUAAGUGUGUGCUUCUUGCUGGUAAAAAUCAGCACGCGGGUCUCCAGAACGUCAGACCUCUCAACUUCCACCAACUACAACGUGAUCCUACACUCACUACGUCCUCCCCUCCCCACCUAUAAGACCAUAAGGUCAUAAGACAUAGGAGUAAGAGUAGGCCAUCUGGCCAAUCGAGUCCAUUCCUCCAUUCAAUCAUGGCUGAUGCUUUAUUUCCUUUCUGCUUUCCACAGGGAUCACUCUCUCCACAACUUCCUGGUCUGCUCAUCACUCCCCACCCACUUCUUCCCGUCUGCAGGAGAUAUCAUCCCCAUCACAAAUCCAUAGUCACACAGAAUGGAAACAGGCCCUUCAGCCCAUCUAGUCCAUGUUGACCAAGAUUCCCAUCUAAGCUAGUCUCACUUGCCCACAUUUGGCCCAAACCCACCCAGACUUUUCCUAUCCAUUACUGUACCUGUCCAAAUGCCUUUUAAAUACCAUUAAUAUAUCUGCCUCAACCACUUGCCCUGCAGCUCAUUUCAUGUACUGACCACUCUCUGGAUAGAAACAUUGCCCGUCAGGUUCCUAUUCCCUCACACUUGUGCUCUCUAAUCCUGGGAAAAGGACUCUACACAUUGAGUAUUGUGAUUUUAUACACCUCAGUCUCCUACUGCAAAGAAUGAAGUCCCAACCUAAAGACAAAACUCCAAAUGUGGCUUCACUUCCACGUCCACCCUCACCACCAUCCAGGGCCGGAACCAACCCUUCCCCUAUGAGGUGGGCAUUAUUGCAUCUCCUCCAGCGUUAGUGGUUGCACCUGGGCCUCCCCUACAUCAGUGAGAACAGGCCCAGAUGGGGCAACCGCUUUGUUCAACACCUACAUUCCACCCUCCAGAAAUGACCCAUUUAUGCCUGUCUCCACUACCUGACAAUCCUUUAAAAUUGUACAGUGCUUAUUCAAUGGCUUUUGAAACUCCAAAUACACUGAACAGACAGGAUCAGAUUUAUCCUGCUUCCGACGUCCAUAAAGGAUGGACCAAAACAUUUUCUAAAUGUCCUGAUCGGUCUCUAUGAACUGCCAACUACAGCUGACAAGCCCCACCUUCCCAAAGCGAUCGGUUUUGAGACGGCAGUAAACUGCCCUUGCUCCUUCUCCUCUCGGUAGAAACGGUUCCACUGGGCUCAGUAGCUAAGCCACAGGUGAAGGUGAGAAGCUGGACUUAUUGGUCAGAGGCCAUUUGGGACACACGACAUUUGGAGCAUCUUGUGGGAGGUCAUCUGCACUACCACCUCCCCACCCUCCAUCCCAACCCAGCUGUGACAACCUUAAAGGGACCUAGGAAAAUAGAUAUAAUUUUCAAACUUCAAACCCAUGUUACAGGGUAUGGGGGUGGGGAGGGGGUUUAGCAGGGAGGUUGCAUUCAUAGAAGACAAAAUAUUGCAAUUUCCUUUAACGUGAAACCUUGUCAAUGCUACAAGAAAGUGGGUGAGACUUCAUCAGCUCAGUUAGUGCUGCAAGUGAGGCAUGUAUUCUGCUCUUAGAUAACGAGUUUACUCUCUCAAUUUGUAUUGUGUAACAAAAAUGCAAAGUAUUAAUUUUGACAAAAAGCUGUGUGCAGAUUGCUUGCAAAUAUUGGUAUUACUGACAAAGUGUCUUAACUUAAUAAAAUCAAAUUCUAUGUGUA